GGGCCCGGGCGCUGGCCGCCCCCGCUGCGCCGCGUCCCGCACUCCCCUCCCGCCGGGGCCGCGGCGGGGGCGGCAGGGCCGCGCUCCGCCCCGCCGUGCGGGGGUGUCUGAGCGCCCGGGAGCAGCCCGGCUGCUGCAGUGCCGCGGCGGCCCCGCGUGGAGCGGAGCGCCGGCGCUGGGAGUGCCCGCGGGGACUCCUCGGAGGGAGGGAGGCUGAGAAGAGGGCGCGGGGGCUCGGGUGCCGGCGGGGGCUGAGGGUCUGCCGUGAGGAGAGCGGCGCGGGGCGGCUGGGAGCGGGGCCAUGUCGCUGCAGAGCCCGCCGGCCGCCACGGCUGCCGCCGACAUCCCAGCCGGUCCCGGUGCGGGGCUCCCGCCGGGCGCGGAGCUGAGCCAGGGCGGCGCGGUGCCCCCGGCAGCCGAAGAGGGCGGCGAGGAGGAGGAAGAAGAGGAGGAAGAAGGGGAGAAAGAAAAGGAGAGAGAGAAAGUGCCGCCCAUCCCGUCGGCGUCCAGCGCGGCUGCCGGGGGGUUGGAGAGAGGAGCCAAAAAUCAGUUUUCCACUUUCAGCAAUUUAAUCACAACUAUCAACCAAAAGAAAGAAGGCAUCGGAAACAAGAAUUCACCUACACAGCAUGUUAUACCCAACAUCAAAAACGUGAGAGACCUACCACCUAUUUGCCUCGAUGUACGACAAAAGCAGCGCAUCUCUAUAGAUACACUACCCCAAGAGCUGAAAGCACCAAUUCCUCCUGAACCUUCCCUUCCCAUCCGAACCAAAACUGUGAAAGAUUUUCAGGAUGAUGUGGAAAAGGCUAAGUCAUCAGGAGACUGGAAAGCUGUACGUGAUUUUUAUUCUACAACAUUUGAUUCAUUCCUGGAGAUAAAUGCUGCAUUUAAGAAAGAUACCAAUUCUCCAUUUAAUACCACUGAGGACUCUGGAAUCAAUGCAAAAUUUGUGAACGUUGUCUAUGAUGCCUUAUUAAAUACUCCUCAAGAUGUUCAGAAGUCAGUCCUAAAAGGAAUAAUUAAUGGUCUGCUACAAGAAUGGAAAGGGCCACGAACAAAAGAUGAUCUUAGAGCAUACUGUAUACUUUUACAGAAUCCUCAAUUUAGUAACACAUCUACUUAUGUCAUCUAUGCUCACUUGCUAAGACAGAUAGCAGCCUUAACAGAAGCUGACCAUCAUUUCCUAGUGCACUGGUCUAAAAAGAUUUCACAGAAGAGGUUCAAGCAGCUGGUGGACAGGUUACUGCAAUUUAUUUCUUUACGCCUGUUUCCUGCAAAACCUGAAGAGUUUCCACCUAUGGUGAAAUGUACCUGGUGGAUCCCAUCAGCAACCAAAGUCCUGGCUUUAUUUAAUGCUGCAAAUAGUCUGAUCAGUCCUCCCAUUAUUUCAUAUACUGAGUUCUAUAAUUCUACACUUGAUCAUAUUGAUCUUAUGGAAGAAUAUCAUAACUGGCAAUGUUAUGGGAAUUCUCACAGGUUUUCUUUCUGUCAAUACCCUUUUAUUAUUUCCAUAGCAGCAAAAAAAGUUAUUAUUCAAAGGGACUCAGAACAACAGAUGAUAAGUAUUGCACGGCAAAGCCUUGUAGAUAAAGUUUCUCGAAGACAGAAACCUGACAUGAAUAUGUUGUUCCUAAAUGUGAAAGUGAGGAGGACGCACCUUGUUAGUGAUUCACUUGAUGAGCUAUCACGGAAAAGGACAGAUCUGAAAAAAAAGUUGAAAGUCACAUUUGUAGGGGAAGCUGGGCUUGAUAUGGGUGGCCUGACAAAAGAAUGGUUUCUUCUUCUGAUUCGCCAGAUUUUUCACCCAGAUUACGCUUCAUCUUCAAACAUGAAUGUGGGGAGCUACUGCGUACAAGAAGUCCUCAGAAUUAAUCAGUGCUUUGGCAUGUUCACCUACCACAAGGACUCGCAUUGCCAUUGGUUCAGCAGCUUUAAGUGUGAUAACUAUUCUGAAUUCCGGUUGGUUGGAGCUCUUAUGGGACUUGCUGUAUAUAAUAGCAUCACCUUGGAUAUUCGGUUCCCACCUUGCUGUUACAAGAAAUUAUUGAGUCCUCCCAUUGUUCCCUGUGAUCAUAACACACUUGUAGGCAUCUGUGAUGUUACAUUAGAUGACCUGUUUCAGAUCAUGCCAGAACUGGCCCAUGGACUAAGUGAACUUCUAUUCUAUGAAGGCAAUGUUGAAGAGGAUUUUUACUCAACCUUUCAGGUUUUUCAGGAAGAAUUUGGUGUUAUAAAAUCUUACAACUUAAAGCCAAAUGGAGAUAAAAUUGCAGUCACAAAUCAGAAUAGGAAAGAGUAUGUGCAGCUCUAUGUUGAUUUUCUUCUCAACAAAACAAUCUACAAACAAUUUGCAGCUUUCUAUUAUGGAUUUCAUAGUGUCUGUGCUUCGUAUGCAUUACUGCUACUUCGUCCAGAAGAGGUUGAAAUUCUUGUCUGUGGCAGUCCCGAGCUGGAUAUGUCUGCUUUACAGCGAAGUACCCAAUAUGAGGGCUACCAAAAAACUGAUCUUACUAUAAGGUACUUUUGGGAUGUAGUACUUGCAUUUUCUCUUGACCUUCAGAAGAAGCUGCUGCAUUUUGCUACAGGAAGUGAUAGAGUACCUGUGGGAGGAAUGGCUGAUUUGAAUUUCAAGAUUUCAAAGAGUGAAACGUCCACUAAUUGGUUACCUGUGGCACAUACCUGCUUCAACCAGCUUUGUCUCCCUCCUUAUAAGAACAAGAAGGAACUGAAGCAAAAGUUGAUCAUUGGAAUUUCAAAUGCAGAGGGUUUUGGUCUAGAAUAAAAUACUUCAAGAACAGCAUCUUUAUGUAGCAUUCACUCUCUUCUAAUUGUGCCUUUAAGCUUUUUGUUAUGUCUCUUGAUACUGUGGCAGUCUUACCCAACUUAGAUUUUUUUUAUUAUUAUUAUUAAAUAUUAAGUGUAUGUUGUUUUUUUUUCCAAAUGGCAAUACAUUUACUGCUUGCUUUGCCACAGAAAGUAGCUUUUUUUUUGUGAAAAAAACUAGUCUAUUUGAUAAACAGAACCUGACUGGGAUGAUUUCUAAGUUACAGUUUGUUUCUGUUUUUUCUUAAUAGCACUUUAUCAUUAAUCAUAAAUGCUUUACAUCACAGGUAUCGCACUGGGAGAUAAUACACAGAAUAUUUCUUUCUUAGCUAAUCCCAGUGGUAGAAUGUUUUCAUUUAACAUGAACAGCAGAAACAAAAUUAACAUACAGCAUGUAGCCAUAUUUUCAGAAAGUCAAAUAGGAAUUUUAGUAUUUUUUAAAUGUAUGCAGUUUUAAUACUCUGAUUUUCCUCCUCAACGAAACAGGCUAUCUAAGCAGCAUGUAAAUAACGGCCUGUGAACAAACAAGGGUUUGAUAGUGCCAUUUACCUAAAAGUAUUUUUUAUGAAUAAGAGGUUUUAGAUGUUCUAUAUUCAGCUUUUACAUAUCAACAGGCCUGACUGUAUAAGGGUGUUAAAAAGUAUUUUUUCAGCUUGAGGGGAUUCAGGUACAAAUAACAGGUAUUAAGCAACUUGCAUGUUCAUUCCUUGACAGCAAACUAACCAGAUCUACUGUAGCGUUAUAGUAAACAAAACUAAAUACUGCAAAUAAGUUCCACAUAUGGUGAAAUACUUCAGGAAAAGAAUGAAAUCCAUGACAGGUGGAAAUCUGAUAUAGUGUAUCAUGCUAUCAUUUUUUUUUCAGCAACUUUGUUGAAAGUCUUAAGUAAGCUAUGACAAAAGUGAAUGCAAUAACAUUUCAGAAGAAUGUUCAAGCUUUCAUGAUCUCGAAGGCCAGCAUUUAAGGACAGUGUUUUGUGGUUUUCGCUGCACAAAGUACAUGAAAACAAUUCUUGGUAUGCCUUCUCUGAGCUAGUAAAUUAGAUGCUGGGAAGGAAACUGGUUCUAAAAUGCAGAUGUAAUUAUAAGUCUGGGAUUUAGACAUUAAAUGGAAAGAAUUUAUCAGCACAAUAGUAUUUUUUUUUUAAUAUUAAUAGCUACUCUGUGUUCUAUAGAUUUUUCUCUCCAGCUGCAUGAGACCCAGAUGAUUCAAGACACCUCGACAUCUAAUUCUCAGCUUUCCCCAUGGACUUAUGCUGGGCCAUGGAUAUUUAAUAUCUUGUAGUGUCUGUACUCAAUUACUUACUUGCAACAAGAGUAAAAUGUUACUCUUAUUUUUCCUCUCUGUAUUAUUUACAUACAACCAACAGAUUUACACAUGAUGGACCUGCUAAUGUGUCUAAUCUGUAGUUUCAAAGCUGUUGUGGAUUUUCUUCAAUAGCUGAGUUUAAAUUCUCUUUUAUACUAUUUCCUAGAGUGACUACUGGUGAUUUUACUCUUUAAUUAAAGCAGAGAUAAAUAGUAGGAUAUUUUAAAAUAUUUGGCACUGUAUUCAUUGUGGUCUCCUUAAAACCUGUAACAAAAUUUCCAUAGACUUCAGUCUGGAGCAAACCUAGGUUAGCACUGAGAAUGUCAAAAGCAGCACUUGAAACUUGUGCAUUUUACAUUGUUUCUUCUGAACUGAGAUUUUUUAAAUAAACUUUAAUUUGUAGGACUUCAGAUGUUAAGAUAUAAAUGAAACUUUCACCAUUGCACUGAAUGAGCUAGCUAUCUUCAAACAAUGUUAAAUUUCUGGCAGCUGAAUGUGGAUGGAAGUAAGAUAUCUGGAAACAAACACCUCCGCCCUUUCCCCUCUCUGUAGAAUUGGAUUCAUGGAAGUUUGGCUAAUGAAUAAAUAGCUAUACAGUUGAUCUGAAAACAUGGCAAAUUAGCCAAAAUAUUUUUGUAUGGCUUAAGCCCACUUUUAAUAACUAUCUAUUAUUGUUGAAACAAAAGCUUUAUCUUAUUUUCACUGAAUAGCACUUUGCCUUGGGUUUAAUUUUAUUUAUUGAAGCUUUUUUGACUUACUGUGUAAUAUUACCUCAGAAUUCUAUAAAGGCUAUUGUAUUUGCAUCAGUUUUUAAAUAAGAUAGUCAUUCAAUGACAUUUUAUAUAUUUCCUGAUGUUGAUAAAUAGUACAUUUUGUAUUUGUUAAAUUGAAGCAUUGCACUGUAUUUAUGAAAUAAGUCUCCGAUAAUUCUAAAACUUUUCCUCAGUGAUGUUUUGUUGUUCUUUUGUCUUGCCUUGUAACCCAGAAAAUUUUUUUUAUCUCCAUUAUUGUUUUGUACUGUACAAAAGAAAACUGGCUUGUUUAAAGUUGUUCAUUACUAAGUAUCUAUUUUUAUGUAUUAAAAUUGUGCAGUCAUUAAAUCAAAUAUUUCAAA